AUGGUGGGUGGUGUUUGUCAUGUUUGGAAAAUAAUUCCAAUAGAUCAAAUGAAUCAAGAAACCGCAGAAGAAUACAAGAAACGUUUAAUGAAAAUCAAAUCCAUUCCUACUGUAUUUAAAGGAUCACGUAAUGAACCAAAUAUUGAUAUCACUAAUUUAUUAAAUCAAGAUCAAUACUGGCCGAAUUCAAGUAGUUCAAAUAGAAAAUGUAUUACUUCUGCCAAUUGUGUUGGUACUCGUUUAAGAAAAUUCCUUGAAAAGGUUGUUGACAAAUUCUCGUCAAACUCCAUCAAAAAAUCUUUUGAAAGUAAGGUUACUCCUCUUGAAAAUGCUAAAGGAAAAAUAAUUAAAAAAUGUAAAAGAAAUAAAAGAAAUGACAUUUUCCAAAAUGGAUUUGAUAACCGACUUAACACCAACGUUCAAGGCGAACUCAAUACCGAUAUUCAGGAUCAACUAAACAUCAACAACGUUCAAGGCGAACUCUACACCAAUAUUCAAGAUCAACUAAAUACCAAUGUUCAGGAUCAACUAAACACCAAUAAUAUUCACGAAAAACAAUCAACCGAUAUUACGAAUAUUGAGAGUAUUCGAAAUCCCAUUAAAGAUAAUAUUCGUAUGAACCUUCACUUUUAUUGGUCUUUGCCAACUACCAAACUCACUAAAAUUAAAAUUUUGCGUGAUAUUUCACUUCAAGAUUUUCAAAAAAAGGUUGCAACCUAUUUCAGCAAUAUAUUUCAUUAUAACGAAGUUGUUUUGAUAGUAAAUACGAAUAGAUUUAAUACUCAAGAAGAUCAAAUUCGACUUUACAAUGUUUGUGAAGAAAUAAAUGCUUAUGAUGUCAUUAUAUAUGUAAAUUUCAUAGAAUAUCUAAUGCUUAAACCAAAGGCGAUAUCUCUAGUUCUUAAACAAGCAACUACUGGUGGUUCUCCUUUAGCAUUUGUAUCUGACUCAGAUCGUGAAGCUAGAGUUUAUGCCGCCAUAACGUCAAAUAUUUGGAAUACUAUAGAAAAAAAUGUUAAAAGCGUUAUGGAUGGAAACGCAUUGAAAUUUUUGUUGGUAGGAUGUGAGGAAGGAAACGUUGUAAUUACAACUGUUAAUAAUAAUAUGUUUUUAUGUCUUGUUGCAAAACCUGAGAUUGAUGCAUUGACCAAACAUCUUGAAGAACCAUUUCAACAAGCAGCUUCGUACAUGUAA